AUGUUCAGGUCGCUCGUCAAGGGCGCCAAGAAGCUGGCCAUCGGCGAGAGCGGCGGAGCACCGGCCAGCGAGCUCUUCCCCAAGGUCGACCCCGAGGUCGACGGCGAGGACUGCCUGAGGGACUGUGACAACUGCCCGACACACUACCCCAAGGGCUUCAAGAUCGAGGAGACGGACGACAUCUACGGCGGUGUCAAGGCGUGGAGCACCCACGUCCUGGUCGCCACGGGCAAGUCGGACUGGUCGCAUAAUGUCGCCGACGAGAAGGGCAGCGUCAUGCAGGCCAUCGACAGGGCCGACAAGCCGAGCAAUGGGCGGCUCAUGCUGUCCGCCUCCAACAUGCCGACCCCAACCCACAGCAGCGACUACUCGGAGCCAACCACGCUCCUCCUGCUGCCUGCCUUUGCCGUCGUCCACAACGUCACGCCCGCCUCCGUCCCCGCACUCGUCUCCGAGUACAUCAACCGCUCGCCUACCAACACCUCGGCCCUCGAGCCUGUCUCCGCCGCCGCCAUCCCAGCCUCCCUCCCGCCGCCAGGCCUGCACGACCCUGCACCCAAGCUCCACGGCCUGACCAGCCACCCAAGCCCGCACUCUGUCCUCAUACUGCUGUGCUCUCAGAAGACCCGUGACGCGCGCUGCGGCCAGUCGGCACCCCUCAUCAAGAAGGAGCUGCAGCGGCAUCUGCGCCCCCUCGGCCUGUACCGUGAUCUGGACGACGAGCGGCCCGGCGGCGUUGGCAUCUACUUUAUCUCCCACGUCGGUGGGCACAAGUACAGCGCAAAUGUCAUCAUCUACCGUCGUCCGGACCCCUUUGGGCUGGAUGCGCUGGAGAGGGUAAAUCUCAAGGACGGCGAGAGCCUAACCCCCCGCAAGAGGGACCCGACCAAGGAUGACGGCCCAGAUGCAGGUGCCGGGCAGUGCAUCUGGCUGGCCAGGGUGAAGCCCGAGGACUGCGAGGGCAUUGUCAAGUACACUGUCCUUCAGGGCAAGGUCGUCAAGCCAGAGCAACAACUCAGGGGCGGCUUCGACCGCGCCAGGGGCUUGAUGAGUUGGUGA